AUGCUUCGUUCUCUCCAGAGAAUUUUUUUAAGAAGAGUAAUUUCGCCUUCCCUUUUGCUGGUCGCCUUUUUUUUAAUGUGUGCCAUUCUCUUCCUAACGAGAAACGAAGAUUCCGAUGCGAUGUGUCUCAAAAAUCGGCAACUUCAAAGUGCCUCCAAGAUGGACGAAUUCAAGACGUUUAUUCCAGAUCACGACGGAUGCAACGACAAAGAUGGCUCGGCAAAAGAUAAUACAAAGAACGCAGAUAAAAAUUUCGAACAAGACACGAACUGCUCCAAGUUGUACAAAGAAAUCGACGCAUUGCGUAAGAAGCUCGCAAUGUACGAGAGAUUAAACAAAUUCAUGGAACUAGAUUCACUAGCAAGUAAAUACGGGAGUAAACUGCGACAGAAUAUUCUUAUCAUCUCGGACUCCGCUUCCGGAAGCUCUCUCUUAGGAGAACUUCUGAAUCAGCAUCCUAAUAUUUUUUACCUUUUUGAACCUUUGGAAUCUUUGGAUUAUUAUAGGGACAAUCGCCCCGAGAGCGUUUACGAUGCAAUGGUAACUCAUCUUCUCAACAGCAUUUUUCAUUGUAACUUUCUGGAACUUUCGUACUUUACGGAUUUUUUAUCGUACCAAUACAGUGCACUUCGACAUCGCCUUUCAAGUCGAGCCAUCUCUUCACCCCCCUUAUGCCCCGAGAAUUUAAACACUCCACACUUUAGCAUCCGAAAAUGUGCGCCAUUAAGGCCACAAUCAGCGUCGGCGAUUUGUCGACUACAUAAACACACCGUUGUCAAAACAAUCCGAAUGCAAUCCAUUCACAAACUCUCCUAUCUCAUGGACAACACAGGCCCUGUCGAUUACUCGCUCAAAGUGAUUCAUUUAGUGAGGGAUCCGCGCGCCGUUAUAAAUGUGCGCGUUCUACACAGUUCACACGAAAAUUGGACCAUAAAAUCGGUGCGUGAUCAUGCGCAAUCGUUAUGUCGCGACAUGCUGCGUAAUAUAAAAUACGCUGUCAGUGCCCCAGCUUGGUUACAAGGACGUUAUACGCUGCUACGAUACGAGGACUUGGCGACAAACCCGCAUCAAAUAGCUGAACAAUUGUAUCAGUUUGUUGGGGUCGGUAUUGCACAGAAUGUCCGCUUGUGGAUCGACCGUACUUUGCGCGAAGGAUUUGUACCCCCAUCACCCGUUAAAUCAAUUUAUCGUCGGCUUUCCUACAGUGCGCAAAAUCUGACUGACUCCGUAACAAAAUGGCGUGCGCACGUCCCUUAUUCAAUCGUGCGCCUAAUUGAGACGGAAUGUUACGAGGUUAUGAAUCUUCUCGGCUACAAGAUUGUCGAAGACGAAGACGAAUUAAGGACGGUGUCUUUUCCACUUACAGAUUAA